AUGGCACGGGAUAGUCAAAUAUUUGGAGCUACUAUUAUUGUGAUUGUGUUGAACGUGUUUGUGACAUAUAUUGCAAGCAUAAAACAUAGUACAACUUCUGACAACGAUCGCUGGAGAGUAAAGGAUACUCAAACUGCCGGAUCUAACUUAUGGUCGCCUGCAUCCGACUAUUACGAUGAUCGUGAUCGAAACACUGGAGGGAUUAAAAAAGAUUUUAUAUCGAGCUACGAAGACAAGCAUCUUAACAACAAUCAAUUAGGGAACAAACUCAGGCUAGGAUACUCGCCAUUCAGCAGCGGUAGUUAUUAUGCAACUGGUGGAUCCUACGAUCGGAGACCAUUCUAUGGUCCAAUAAACUAUGGUUCACAUGAUUACGAAAGCCCUUACCCUUACGAAUAUGGGCAUCAAGCUAAUGGAUAUGCAUUUAAUUACCUAACAAGUGAGAAUGAUCUUACUAGGUCGGUGUUGUUGCCACUGGCCGGAGCGGCACUAUUAGGAAUUGCCGCUGCUCUAGUCGCAAAUCCUGUGCUACUACAUUUGGGUGUUACAGCUGGCAAACGAAAACGUAGGGAUGUUGUAUCGUCGACAAACGCGCAUGAUCUUGUUUAUCGUGCUAGAGCAAAACACAUUUCGCAAUAAGAAAAUAAGAAUUGACCUGUUUCUAUAAAAAAAAAACACCAAUAAUA